AUUUUCCCUAAACAUAGCACAUACCGAACCGUACCAAAACCGUGACCCUAAAAACUGUGAUACGAACCGAACCGUGAGCAAUUUGAACCGUUGCACCCCUAGUGUAACUAUAUAUAUAUAUAUAUAUAUAUAUAUAUAUAUAUAUAUAUAUAUAUAUCAAAGGAAAUGUUUUUGAGAAAAGUUUUAUUUGUCAGGCUCCUCCUCCCCCUUAUCUGAUCUUCUGGUUUCCUCUAAAUACAGAUAGUAUCUGAUAAGCCACGAGAGGAUGUUCGAUUCUAUUCCACCGGCACUUCAAAAACAGCAUAUGCCUGUUGCAGUACCAGACAAAAACGGAACUACAAUGAGUGUGAUUUUUCUCUUUCUGUUCAUUCUUUCUCAUGUCAUAAUGAAAAUGUCACCCCUGCAUCUCAUUGAACUCCCUCCGAUGGAAUGUUCUCAAGAGGGGGUAGAUUGCAAUGUUCAAGUUGGGAACUGUUCAGAUGAGGGUUGGGUGAUGCCAAGGACUGAAGUCCCAGGUUCUUCUCGUGAUGUAACUGCAAAUGUAAAAGCCAAGAGGGAUGAUAGUGGACAGUUUGCACCAGUUAUACACCUUACAUGGAGCCAAUUACCUGACAGUAGUAUAUACGUCCUCAAAGGGACUGAAGUGCGUGUGGUUGAAAUGGCCACAAAUCAAAGCGUUUGUGUUCGUUACAUUUUUCUUAACAAACUGAGACUGGGCUUGUGGACUUUUUCUUUGGACAGAAUUGUGGUUGUCCCCAACUUUAAAUAUCAGGUUUUUGUAACCAAUUUACCAAAGCCAGACAGAGGAAUCAAUACAGUCAUUACCAACAUCACAAUUCCAGAGAGCAUUUGGGAUAAGAAGGUAAAAUGGUCAGUGAGAAACUAUAAGAAAAAGGACUUGGUGAUAACCAUAGAAUUUGAACCACUAGAGUUCUCUGACCAACACAGAGUCUCCAUCUGCAGUCCUGACCUUCACCCAGAACCAUCUCGCAUUGUCAUAAAGGAUAACGAGACAUAUCUAAAGGUUAAUUUCACACUGGAAGCAUGGUGGAUAACUCACUGUAGUUUGGACUUGGUGAUUCAGCCGCUGUCUAUUCAAAGCAUGAAGAACUGUCUGGAUUACAGAGAGAAAGUUAAUAUCUGUCCCUUUCUUCCAGAUGCUCCUGUUCAUUUUAUUAUUUUGGUGAUACUGGGGGUGUUGACAGCCAUAUUGGUUGCUGUUGGUUGCUGUGUUGCAUUUUUGCGGAACAAGAAUUCACAUAAAGAAACGCCAUCCUCAGACAGCUCUACCUGUGCAGAGGGUAAACUGGAGUGGAAUCCCGUUCAAGAGCAUAAGAAGGUCAUCAUCAUCUACUCUCUGGACCACCCCCUGUACAAAGAGAUCAUCUUGAAGUUGUGUGCCUUCCUGAGGGCUAAAUGUGGCACAGACGUCACUCUGGAUCUCCUAGACACCACCUGGCUCAGCACAAUCGGCAGAAUUCAGUGGCUAGAUACGCAAAGGGAACGAAUCUCCAAGUCCUUAGAUAAAGUCCUGAUCCUGUGCUCUCCAGGCGUACAUGCGAAGUGGAAGGCCAUGUGCGGUGAGCACAAAGUGAGACUGAAGGAGGAUGAACGCUCACCCAUAGGAGACAUGCUCACACCAGCCCUGAGCCUCAUUAUACCGGAUUUUGUUCACGCUUCAUCUUUCCACAAGUACAUGGUGGCUUAUUUUGAUGACGUGUGCCGUGAGGAUGAUGUUCCAGCACCUUUUAAUGUGGUGGUGAAGUACAAGCUCAUGAAGCACUUUGAGGAACUUUACUUCCGGAUCUUAGACAUGGAAAAACACGAGCCAGGGCGGGUUAAAUGCAUUGAAGGCAUUAGGGAGAACGAUUACUUUAACUGUCCCUCAGGACGAGCCCUUCGGGAUGCUGUUGAAGCUUUUCAUAAUUACCAGCUGAAGAAUCCAAACUGGUUUGAAAUGGAGCUUUUGGACAGUGAUAAUGAUGAAGAAGAGGAAAACAUCUUGGAGUCAAUGUUUCCUAUAAACUAUAACCCCGUCACUGAAUGCUAUAAGCUGACUGAAGAACGUAAAGCUCAUGCAAUUGUCAAUUUGAUUAAGUGUCAUGAUUUAAAGUCUUCCAUCGCAGAGACAGGCAUUUUACUGAACGAGAAUUCUUCAGUUCUUACCACCGAUGUGUACUACAGUGGUUCAGUCCUGAGUAGCUUUACUACUUUAGAUGUGAAAGGUUUACCAGAGACUAAAGCUGUCGCACAACAUGCUUUAAGUUUACAGCCUCUUUGAAUUAAGCUUGACAUAAUCAGAUUACUGUAACUUUCUGAGUCCAAAAUUUUGCCUACUGUAUGUAUAAAAUGGCAUAUCAAGUAAGUUAUGAAACUACUUUUUGACAAAGACAGAAAAAAUAAAAAUGUGAAAAUAUAAGACAUUUACUUAUAUUUGGCAGAUGUUUUAUCUAAAGCUAUGUAUAUUGAAUUCAGUGUACACAUUUAAUAUUUUUGCAUUUGCUGGGAAUUGAACCCAUGAAACUGCCAUUGCUAGCACCAUAUUCUACUGUUUAAGCUACAGAAAAUCUAUUUUCUAUAAUAAACAAAUUGCACAAACCAUU